AUGAGCUCUCCACGCAUCCCCAUCGAUGUUGCUGAAGCGGUCAUCGACACCGUGGCGGCCCACGAAGACUCCGGGACCCUCGCGCGCUGCGUCCGGGUGUGCAAGUCAUGGUCUCCCCGAAGCCGCUACCGCCUUUGGCACAGGCUCAUCAUCUCCAGAGGCGAGCAUCUACCCACGAUCUGCAACACCCUUGCGCGCGACACCUUUCUGCGCUCGAUCGUCCAGAUCGUCCGCCUGGAGGCUUCACUGGGCUCGGAUGUCGACCCGCCAAAAACUCUCCCGAUCGUCGCCAUUAUGACCAUCAUACAGCAGUUGACUCAGAGGCCAAGGCGGAACCAGAUGCCUCGCUGGACAGCCUUGCUAGAAAUUGUCUUCUCGCCGUUGCUAGAAAGAGGGCUGUUGCAUAUCGCUCCCCCAGACUACUCGACCGGCGCGGCGGAGCGCAUUUCAGAGUACGGGCAUAUUCGAGAGCCGGAUCGAGUUGUGCUUUCUCCAAGUGGAAGAUGGGCAGCAAGCACCUUGUGGAAUCCCACCUGGGAGCCGAGCAAUACUACGGUGUCCGAAUGCAUCGUGUGGGACAGUCAAACCGGAAAAUCCCACCCCUCCCACUGGUACUGCCUCGCAGAUUCGCCCUUAAGUUACCCAGCUUCACCAUCUCCUUUCGCCUUCUGUCCGACUGAGACGCACUGGGCCAUCGCAUCGCUCCACGACAUAACCGUCUUUCCUCUUCCGGUCGAGACUGCCUCGACAAGUCCUACAGAUCAUUCUCAACCCGUUGGGCGCAUCGACCUUCAUCUGGAUGUCCUGGUUAUGAGACUGUGUUGGUCCCGUGACGGCAGCCAGAUAUUCGCUCAAGAUGUGGCGGCGAAGAUCCACAUUUACGACGCUCUAGCAUUCACGCACCUCCGUACCCUCUCUCCCCCGCCUAUCUACACGGCAACUUCUGGCGAGCAUGUUCCCGAAGGCUUGGACUACAUUCGGCGUCCAGGCAUUUUGGCACUGUCGGCGGACGAACGAUACCUCCUCUCCAAUGUCGCGCUGUCCUCCUCCUCCACGCAAAGCAAUCCGAUCUAUGUCUGGACACUCGCCGAUGGUUCCUGCGAAUCCCACUUCCUCGGAUACCACGAUAGUGCAAUCUCAGGGACCGACACGCAGUUCUACGCGACCGCCAUCCGCCAGCACUCAAGUCCCGAACUCGAACACCCCCCUCACGUCGUCACGAUAUGCAGAAACGGCACUCUGCUCACCGCUGCGGUGGGCUCGCCCGACGGAGUGACGACCAUCCGACCUGCGGGACUCCCGGCCGACCUUCAAUCCAUCCAAGAUGCGUCCUUCUCCUCCGACGGGAUGCGCGUGUUAUUCCUCGGCGCGAAGGGCACUCCGUAUUUCCUCGUCGUGGACACGCUCACCGGCGCGACGAUCGCCUCCCUCGACUGCGGCCACUACCCCUCCCUCUUCAGUGGCGUCCUCACAAUCGGGGUGCUCUCGGGAGACGGCCAAGUUGUGGCAAUAGGAGACGAAAGGUUGGAGCCGUGGCUCCAGCAGCGACCCGAGUGGUGGCUCUGGAGGCUCGAGGACGGGACGCUGCGCAAAGCGGUCGGACACGAGGAUGGACGUUUUGUGCGGAAAUGUGCGCUGUCCCGAGACGGUUCGGUGGCUGGAUUCGGGACUACGGGAGGAGACGUGUUCUUCCGGAACGUGGGGGACCGGUGA